CCACACAACCGCAGAAAAUGACAACAUAAAAUGACAACAUAUCCGUGGUUCUUAUCUGUCUCUCUAUUCUUUCUUUGUACAUACAUAAAAGAAAAACUCUUUCUGAUACUUUUUGUAAUUGUCUUGAAUUAUUGGUGGUAGUUAGUUUUGUGUAUUGCUUCAGUUAAUAUAUAUAUAUUCACUUUUUUACCUGACAAGAAACCAAUUCUUAGCUUGCACGACAUGGGUAUUUUUGUGGGUAUAGUUUGAAGUGAAGUCUUUGGACUUUUAUCUUGAUGACUAGUUGGUCACUUUGUGGGUGUGUACGUAUAAUAACUGGCUUCACAUGUGCUUGUGUUUUUUUUUUUACUAUUUAAGAUUUGCCGGUGAUUCCUUUUCUAUGGAGUGAAUUUGAGCUUGACGUCUGAUUUUUGGACUGUGUUGCUCUGUGGUUCACAGAAUUUUUUUGUGUUCUGGGUUAUUGAUAAAAAUGACAGCUUUCAUUCUGUUUAGUUGGAUUUGAAGUAAAAGCGUGUAGUUUUCUUACAGGGUUCAUUGAAUUGAGAGGUUUCCUAUUCUGGGUUUUGGUCCAAAGUGAAUGCUUUGAUUCUCUUUAGUUGGUUUUGAACUCAUACUGUCUGGUUUUUCCUGUUUUGAUCUUUGUUAAUGCUGAAUUCAUCCAAAUUUAAGGUUUUUGCUUUCUGGGUAUUCGAUAAAAUGUAUGAUUGAUUUCUCGUUACUUAUAUUUGAACUCGAAUUGUUUAUUUGGUCAUUUCUGGACUAAAAUUUGAGGUAUUUUUAGUCUGAGUUUAAAAAGAUGAAGGGGUUUCUGUUCUUUGAAAUGUUAGUUGUGCUAUUAAUCUCUUUGCUAUGUGGUUGUGCAAUGAGUAAGGAGUGUACAAACGUUCCUACUCAACUGUCAUCACAUAGUCUUCGACAUGAGCUCCUUUCAUCCAAUAAUGAAACAUGGAAGGAAGAGAUGUUUUCACACUACCAUUUGAUACCAACCGAUGAUUCUGCGUGGUCUAAUUUGCUACCAAGAAAGGUUUUGAGGGAAGAAGAUGAAUACAGUUGGGCAAUGAUGUAUCGGAAAAUGAAAAAUCAAGGUGGCUUUAAGUUUUCUGGAGAUUUUCUUAAGGAAGUUUCGUUGCAUGAUGUGAGAUUGGACUCAAAUUCAAUGCAUGGAAGAGCACAGCAAACAAAUUUGGAAUACCUAUUGCUGUUGGAUGAGGAUAGCUUGGUUUGGAGCUUUAGGAAGACAGCUGGAUUGCCAACACCUGGCAAUGCAUAUGGGGGCUGGGAGAAACCAGAUUGUGAGCUUCGGGGCCAUUUUGUAGGACAUUACUUGAGUGCAUCAGCACUAAUGUGGGCUAGCACUCACAAUGAUGCUCUCAAACAGAAAAUGUCAGCAGUAGUAUCCGCUUUAUCUGAAUGUCAGGAGAAAAUGGGAACAGGAUACCUUUCUGCUUUCCCGUCUGAGCAAUUUGAUCGUUUUGAAGCUAUAAAACCUGUUUGGGCUCCAUAUUACACUAUCCACAAGAUCUUAGCUGGCCUACUUGAUCAACAUACAUUUGCUGGUAAUUCUCAAGCUUUAAAAAUGGUGACAUGGAUGGUCGAUUAUUUUUACAACCGUGUUCAGAAUGUGAUAUCAAAGCACAGUUUAGAAAGGCACUAUCUGUCACUUAAUGAAGAAACUGGUGGCAUGAAUGAUGUCCUUUACAAGUUAUACGCCAUAACGGGAGAUCCAAAGCAUUUGGUGUUGGCUCACCUUUUUGACAAACCAUGCUUUCUAGGAAUACUUGCAGUAGAGGCUGAUGACAUAUCUGGUUUUCAUGCCAAUACACACAUCCCAAUUGUUAUAGGAUCUCAAAAGCGGUAUGAAAUCACGGGUGAUCCACUUUAUAAGGCAAUAGGGACGUUCUUUAUGGAAAUUGUUAACUCUUCUCACAGCUAUGCAACAGGAGGCACAUCAGUUAGUGAGUUCUGGUCAGACCCAAAGCGAUUGGCAAGCACUCUACAGACAGAGAAUGAAGAAUCAUGCACGACUUAUAACAUGCUGAAGGUCUCACGCCACCUGUUUACGUGGACCAAGGAAAUGGCAUACGCGGACUAUUAUGAGCGUGCCUUGACAAACGGUGUGCUAGGCAUUCAAAAAGGAACAGAGCCUGGAGUGAUGAUUUACAUGCUUCCACAAGGUCGUGGUGUUUCCAAGGCCAGUGGCUUCCAUGGAUGGGGAACGAAAAAUGAUUCCUUUUGGUGUUGCUAUGGUACAGGAAUUGAAUCAUUCUCAAAGCUAGGAGAUUCCAUAUAUUUUGAAGAGGAAGGAGAAGUUCCUAGUCUUUACAUCAUACAGUAUAUAACAAGCUCACUUGAUUGGAAAUCUGGACGAAUUUUGCUCAAUCAGGAAGUUGAUGCUGUUAGUUCAUGGGAUCCUUACCUCCGAGUGACAUUGACACCUACUUUGAAGGAGUCUUAUCUCCAGUCAAAAGGAAUCAUUACGUCCAAGGCUAUAACUGGCUUUUAUACUGGAUCUGAUAUGCAGGGAGCAGCCCAAUCAUCUAAUUUGAAGUUGCGGAUACCUAGUUGGACACAUACAGAUGGAGCAAAAGCAUCACUAAAUGACCAGAGUUUAAACCUACCAGCUCCAGGAAACUUCCUAUCACUCACUAGAGAUUGGAGGGUCGACGACAAAAUAACCCUUCAGCUGCCCAUUAGUUUGAGAACAGAAGCUAUUAAUGAUGACCGGCCUGAGUUUGCCUCUCUUCAGGCAAUACUUUAUGGUCCCUAUCUACUAUCAGGUCAUACCAGUGGUGACUGGGACAUCAAAACUGGGUCAGCCAAUUCUCUUUCUGACUGGAUAACUCCAAUCCCUGCUGCUUAUAAAACUUCUCUGGUUUCCUUGUCCCAAGAGUCUGGGGACACAACUUUUGUCUUAACCAAUUCAAACCAAUCGAUCACAAUGGAAAAAUUGCCUGCACCUGGCACCAAUUCUGCUGUUCAUGCCACUUUCAGACUCAUCUUAAAUUCCUCAUCCCCUGCAGAAGUUUCAACAAUGAAAGAUGCUAUUGGCAGAUCAGUCAUGCUAGAACCAUUUGAUUUUCCAGGGAUGGUUGUAGUGCAUCAAGGAAAAGAGAAAAACCUUGCAGUUGCAGACUCUUCUGGUAGUGGUGGAUUUUCUGUUUUCCGGUUGGUUGCAGGAUUGGAUGGAAGGGCUGAAACGGUGUCCUUGGAGUCGGAAAGCAACAAGGAUUGCUUUGUGUAUAGUGGUGUGGAUUAUAAUUCAGGUAAAAGCACGAAGCUCAGUUGCAAAUCAGAGUCAUCAGAUACUGAUUUUGAUAAGGCUGCUGCUAGCUUUGUGUUGAACAAGGGAAUCAGUGAAUAUCACCCUAUCAGCUUUAUGGCCAAAGGGGCAAGGAGGAAUUUUCUUCUGGCACCAUUACUGAGCUUUCAAGAUGAAUCUUAUACUAUUUACUUCAACAUUCAAUCUUAAUAAUUUAGGGAGGGCAAUGGAGGUUCAUGAUAAACCAAUUAUACAAUAAAUUUCUGUUGCCUGUUACUUCAGAUUUCUUAAUUACUUUGGAUUACACAGAUGGGCUAAGUUAAUGUUGAUUUAAGGCUCUUUAAGCCUGUCUUGGUGUAGGGAGUCUGAUAAAAAUCUCUAGAAAGUGGUAAUUGGGAAAAGGAGAUUGUAAGAUGUUAAGCUAGUGUUCUUGUGUAGUUUUACUUCCAUUCUUCAUUUUUAUAUUCAUCUCCUACAUCAAGUACUUUUCAUAAGUAUCCAUGUCAUUAAUGCAUUCAAUGUAAUUGUUAUCGAAAACAAUAUUAACUGCAUUUUUUUUAUCAUUCACGAGGAUGAUAAAAUUUCUACAAUGGAAAUAUAUUCUGGUUGGAA